AUGAUUUCCUCGACAACUGUUUCCCGGCCCAUGGUCUUUGUGGUCCGCUUCAUGCAAUGGGCAAGUGCAGUUAUUGUGAUGGGCAUUACUUCCUACUUCAUACAUAACUGGCCGAAAGGAGAGCACAUCAUCUAUCAAGAAGUUAUUUCAACGAUUUCUGUUGCAUUCUUCUUGCCCGGCUUCGUUUCCCCAUUUAUGCCCAACCUCCUUAGCAAAUAUGUUUUGGGCGUUGACGUUGUUUUCUCCUACUUGUGGUUAACGGCAUUCAUUUUUGCCGCCCAAGACUACAACUGGCGAAAUUGCGCGGUCAAUGCUCCGGUUGGGGCCAAAUGCGCUAUAAAGAAGGCUAACGAGUCAUUUAUAUUUCUGGCCUUUAUCUUCACUUUCUUUGCAAUUUUCCUGGAGUUGUUCAACCUUUGGUCCUACCGCAAGGAGAACGACGUAUCUGCUAGGGCGAAGGACGGCCAUCAUGCGCACAACGGGGGCGCCCAGCCCGUUUAA